ACUCCGGCACCGCCCGCUGCGCUCCGCGCCCCGGCUCCGCCAUGGCCCGAGGGCGCGGGACGCGGCGCUGACGGCGGCCAGCGGGGCGCGCCAUGCCCAGCAGGGCCGGCCCCAAGAUGGACGGGAGCGGCGGCCGCGUCCGGCUGAAGGCGCACUACAGCGGGGACAUCUUCAUCACCAGCGUGGACGCGGCCACCACCUUCGAGGAGCUCUGUGAAGAAGUGAGGGACAUGUGCGGCCUGCACCAGCACCACCCCCUCACCCUCAAGUGGGUGGACAGCGAAGGUGACCCUUGCACGGUGUCCUCGCAGAUGGAGCUGGGGGAGGCCUUCCGCCUGGCCGGCCAGCACAGGGACGACGGGCUCAUCCUUCACGUGUUCCCCAGCACGCCGGAGCAGCCAGGCAUGCCGUGUCCCGGGGAAGACA